AUGGCCAUGCUGGGCGCCUUGCCCCCGCGCCCACCACCCGCGCCGGGGGGUCCCCCGAUGCCGCGGGAGCUGCCGCCGGCGGGGCAGCGGCGCCUGCCGGAUGGCCGCCGGCCGGACCAUUUGUGGUCGGUGCUGCACCGGCGCGAGGACUCGCCGGCGCCGCGCGGCCGCGGCGAUGCCUCGCCGCUGCAGCGGCGCGAGAGCCGGUCGCUGCCCAGCCGGCCGGAGCUGGAGGAGCCCAUCCAGCCGUUGUAUCCGGCGCAGCUCCCGCCUUUGGGUUGGGCGGCUCCGCCCAUGGAGGACUGGCGAGACUUGAAGGCCAACGCCCUGCGACCCCGUUUGGUGAGCAUGGACACUGGUGCCGAGGCCAAGGAAUGGCUGGAGCGACGCCUCGAGGCCUCGGUCACCGAGCAGCGGGACCAGAUAUCCCGCCGCUUCGGCGCCUUCGAGCAGGCGGAUAAGCACUUCAAAGACUGGGUGCAGCGGGAACACGAGCAGCUGCAUUCGCAGCUCCAACAGUUGCGUGUGUCUGUUCAAGAGACAGGGCAGCAGCAGCAAAGGCUUGUGGGGAACCUCACAGCCCAGAGCCAGAAGCAAGACAUGCGCUUGCAGGAACUGGAGGGGCAGAUGGCUCAAUCGGUGGCGCAGGUCCAAGGCCUGAUGAACGCCGUCUCAGCCGGUGCCAUGAACGCCGGCAAUGGUGGAGGCACUGGCGAGGCCGCCAUGGGCGCGGCUGCGGUGGCCGCCUCCGCCUCGGCGAACUUGGAGGUCUUGCGACAGGGCCUGGAGCGCGAGGCCAGCGCACGAGUGGCGCUAGGCGCGGAGACGGCCGAGCAGUUGAAGCAGCUCAGCGACAUGGUCUAUGAGCUCAGCAAUCGACAGCAGCAGCAACAGGUCUCGGCGCAGCAACAUCUCCAGCAGAAUGCUGCGCAAGAUGAGAAGGACCAAGCGCGAGUGGUGCAGCGCGUCCAGGCGCUAGAGCCCUCAGUGAGCUCCAUGCGAGAGGAACUCGAGGAGCUACGCAAGCUGCUUUAUCGCUGUGGCACUGACUGUGCCAAGCGUUGCGAGGAAAGUGAGGAGCUUUGCCAGAAGCGCUUGGGCGGAGUCCAGGAGGCAGCGCUCAACGCCGCACGGGAGCUCUGGGAAGAGCAUCAGGGCGUGGUGGUCGAGUGCAAGUCUUCCCUGGCGGCACUGCAGCAGAUCUUAGACUCCAAGGACAAGAUCGCCUUGCAGUUGAGAUCCCUGCAGCAGCAGCAGAGGGAAGAAGACAAGCAGGAGUUUUGGACCCAGAUGCAGGUCCGGCACGAGCAGCUGCAGGCAAAGCUUGCGGACACGGAGCGAGCGCUCCAGACGGAGCAGAACGUGCGAAUCGAAGAGCAGCAGCGGGCAGAGGGAGUCGUCUCACGCUUGGGCCUAGCUUUGGAGAAGGCACAGGCCGCCUGGCUCAAGGACUCCGCAAAGCUCUCGGAGGAGAUCCACGAGGCCAAGCGGGACUUCAGCAUCGAGAUGGACGGAGAGACGCGGGGCGUUGCGCGGCGGCUGGCCGAUGGGCUGGAGGCGCAGCAGCGGUCCAUCGACGAGUUAGGACGGAAGAUCAAUGGCCAGAAGACGGAGCUCACCAGUGUGGCAGAGCGCUUGGACAGCAGCCAGCGCGCACAGCAACAAGAACUCCGGGAUGCAGAGGGACGCAUGAUGAGACAGUUGAACGAUGUGCAGACCAUUCAGAGUGGUCGCACGCAACAGGCUGUCUUUGACAUGAAGGCGGAAAUGGCGAAGCUGGAGCAGGUGACCGCAGGCCGCUGUAGUGCCUUGCAGAAGAGCCAGGAUGAGCUCGAAGGAAGGGCCAUGGCUGCUGUGAACAGUCUGGAGACCCGCACCUUGGAGAAGAUCCAGGACACGGUGGAGCUCGAGCGGGACAAGACACGCCUGGAGCUCCAGCGUGCCCUGGAGGAGGAACGCCUGGAACGGCGCAACGCCGAUGACGAGCUGCGCGCCGAACGGGAUCGGCACCUGGAGCAGAUGAGAGAGCAGGCGGCUGAAGCCAAACAGGAACUGCUGGAGGUGGUGCAGACAGCCGAGGAGCGUUUGCUGAAGCGCUUGGACGAACAGGUGGCCAGCGAGCGGAGCAAAACCCGCGAGCAGAUUGAGGCCUUCAUUGAGGAGGAACGCAGCGAACGACUCAAGGCGGAAGCUGAACGCUUGAUGUCGUUGCAGAAGCGGCUGCAGGCACAUGAGGAGUUGACCACCGAGCGGCUCAACGAGCAGCGCGCGCGCUGGGAGACAGAGAUCGAGACAGUGAGGCAGAAGUUGGAAGCGCAAGCCCUGCGAGACAAACAGGACCUGCAGAAAGAUCUCCAAGAGUUUGUCCAAGAGGAGCGGCUUGUGACCAAUGCGCUCACCGAGGAGAUGACCACCUUAGCAGGUGACAUGCAAAGCCUGGCAGACAGCUGGCAGAAGCACCAAAGAGCUACUGAACAGAGGCUGGCCACGGAGUUUGCUGCCCUUGCAGCACAGCAGGCUGUGAGCAGCGCGGCCUUGACCGCGCAGCUGGGGCGCUCAGAGGAGGCGCAAAAGCAGCGGCUGGAGCAUGUGGAAUCAGAGAUGAAGGCAGAGGUGGAGCAGGUCAGCCAGGAGUUGGACAAGAUGAACGGCGAGAUCCUGAAGCUCAUCGACGACGAAUCCGCCAAGGUGAAGGAGAGCCAUAGCGCUCUCGAGAGCCGCAUUGGCACCUUAGAGAUGGCCUUCACCGCCCGGACGGCGGCGCUCGGGGAGGCCGACGCUCAGCUUGCGCAGCAGCUGGAGGAGCAUGAAAAAGAGGUGGCGCAGCGCUUCGACGAGCUCAAAGCAGCCAGCGAGGCUGACAAGGCCUCAGCAGCGGCUGCCCGGGCAGACGACCGGAAGGCCCAAGAGGAGCAUUCAAAAGAGGUGGCACAGCGCUUUGACGAGCUCAAAGCUGCCAGUGAGGCUGACAAGGCCUCGGCAGCGGCUGCCCGGGCAGACGACCGGAAGGCCCAAGAGGAGCAUUCAAAGGAGGUGGCGCAGCGCUUCGACGAGCUCAAAGCUACCAGUGAGGCAGAGAAGGCCUCAGCUGCCGCUGCACGCGCAGACGACCGGAAGGCACAAGAGGAGCAGAACCAAGCAUUGACGGAGGCACUCGAGAAGGAGACGCAGCGAGCGCGGGAAGCGGAAGGCUCCUUGCUGCGCAUCACAGAGGGCUUGGCGGCGCAGCUCGCACACCAGAAUGGCGAGCAGUUGGCCCUCAUCGAGAAGACCAAGGAGCAUGAAAAAGCUGUGGCACAGCACUUCGAGGAGCUCAAAGCUGCCAGUGAGGCUGACAAGGCCUCGGCGGCAUCUGCCCUGGCAGAGGACCGGAAGGCCCAGGAGGAGCGCGAAAAGGAGCGAGAAAAGGAGGUGGCACAGCGCCUUGAAGAGCUCAAAGCCACCACUGAGGCCGAGAAGGCUGCGGCAGCUGCCGCGCGGGCAGACGACCGCAAGGCACAAGAGGCCGCGCUGGCGGAGAUCUCCAAGAGCGCCGAGGUCAGCACAUCAUCAAUGCAAGACAUGAUGGCAGAGAUGUCUAAGAAUGCCGAGGCUAAGAUGCUGGAGGAGAGGACCCGAGCCAUGGAGUGUGAGGCGGCGCUGAGAGAAGGCGCGGCAAAUACUAGCGAGCACAAAGCCCUCGUUGAGAAGACGCAGGAGCAUGAGAAAGCGGUGGCCAAACGUUUUGAAGAGCUGCAAACGGCCAGCGAGGCUGACAAGGCCUCGGCCGCCGCUGCCCGGGCAGAGGACCAGAAGGCGCACGAGGCUCGGACCUUUGGACCCUUGGGACACGGUGGUGGUCGGCUCGCGGCGGUCCGGUCGGUUCGACCGUUCAGUGGUCAGACCGAGUUUGGGCUGAUCAAACGAAUGGUCGCCCUAAUGGCCGGCCGAGCUGCUCAUCACGUGGAAACCUCCCCUCAUCUACCCGAGCCUCAAUCAGUGACGCUGUUGGGACGGCUACCUCAUGCAUGA